CCGCCUGCCUCUUUCGCUUUAAGUUUCCUUUAAGUUUCGCUUUCGCUCCCGCGCGGCCGGACCCAGCAGCAAGAUGUCAGAGGAUCAGCAUGAUGAUCUCCCUGCUGGAGAGGGAGAUGGUGAAGAUGGCUGUGAUGUAAUUGAUGCAAGGCCAGACAGAAGCAGCAGGUUCUCACUUUUUGGAAAAAAAAGGAAGAAUGGAGAAGAAGAGCAGCCAAAGCCCUCUCCCAGUAAUCAAUACCGAAUUGUUACUCCCACAUUCCAGUAUAAUAUGGAUUACAAGAAAGUUGGCAAAUGUAUUAUUAUAAACAACAAAAAUUUUGAAGACAAAACAGGAAUGGGCACACGCAAUGGCACUGACAAAGAUGCUGGAGACCUUGCUAAGAGUUUUAAAAACUUGGGGUUUGAGGUUGAUAUACACCAUGACCGAAGCCGUGAUGAUAUGGAAAAAUUAAUGAAGAAAGCUGCUGAGGAGAACCACAGUGAUGCUGCCUGUUUUGCCUGUAUCCUCCUAAGCCAUGGGGAAGAGGGGCUCAUCUAUGGCACAGAUGGACCCAUGGCUAUCAAGAGUCUGACUGCGCUGUUCAGAGGAGACAAGUGUAAAAGCCUUAUAGGCAAACCCAAACUGUUCUUCAUUCAGGCCUGCAGAGGCUCUGAAUUUGAUGAAGGUAUACAAACUGACUCUGGACCUGCCAAUGACACCCUGGAGACAGAUGCCAACCCGAGAUACAAAAUCCCAGUAGAAGCAGAUUUUCUGUUUGCUUAUUCCACGGUGCCAGGUUAUUACUCCUGGAGAAAUCCUGGAAGAGGCUCCUGGUUUGUGCAGUCUUUGUGCUCUGUGCUAAAUGAGCAUGGAAAGCAGCUUGAGAUCAUGCAGAUCCUCACUCGGGUCAACUAUGUGGUGGCCACCAAUUUCGAGUCGCAGUCGGACGAUCCGCGCUUCAGCGAGAAGAAGCAGAUUCCCUGCGUGGUCUCCAUGCUCACCAAGGAGCUUUACUUCUGAAGGGGCAUUUUAGUGCAGGUUUUGGGUGGAGAUGUGAUUGUGGACAGGAGUAGCACACUUUUAAUAACAGAAAUGUGGUAAGGAGAGAUUUUUUUCAUGUUGUAUAAGACGGGGUAUCUGAUGGAUGGACAAUAUGCAAUAUUUUAAAGAAGCUGUGGGCCAGCCUGACAGCUAUUACUAAUUAUUGUGUCUUGGUUUCCCUUAGUGUGGCUGUCAUGAUUUAUGGCUACAGAAGACAUUAUGAGUCAGCUACCUGACCCGUAAAGCUUUUUCCCAGAAAACAGAUUGUAAAUUAAAAACAAAAA